GUUAGUUCACUGCGACCAUUCUUCCCAGUCCACCUCAUGUUUCAGAGUCCUUGCCCAUGAUUUUGAGUACUGAGACUUCGACAUUCGCCUACGAUGUGGUCUCUCAAAUCCACACCAUCGUCCUUGACGUCUCCAAGGAGGCAGGAAUCAAGGCCCGCUGCAACGCACUUGCAGCCGCACUGGCAAAUGUGAAGCAGUAUCUCGAAAACAGUCAUCCGAGCUCGGACGAAAUGCUUGACGACCGGACUCGGAAGCUUCUAGACAAUCUCGAGAAAUGGCCCAACCGCCCUUCGCCUCUACCUCGUGACAAGACGGUCUAUAAAGCACAAUACGAGAUCUUAUCCCAUAUCUCGGCAAAGAAGCUAUCAGUGAAACGGGGCGUGAAAAGCUUCGCUCUUACAUCGAGUGUCAAGGACUGGACUAGAUUUGUCACAUUUCUUAGAUCAUACGCAAAGUCAAAGGCAGCGAGACCUGGCCCGGAAUUAUCCGAUCUUGAGUCGAAGACUUCGGACAGAAGCCAAGAUGACUAUCAUGUCUACGUACGAUCGCUUUACAAAACCUUAGCGGAGCAUUGCCUGUGCCCCCACGACGAUGGCAGGAGGGAGAUCACGGUCAAUCUCCGAUUAAACAACUGUUGCUCGCCGGGUGAGGUGGAGGGUACGGCCAAUUUUAGACUUUUCUUCCUUGACCACCCUCAUUGCAGUGAUGAGCCCGGUUCCAGUCAGUGGCAAGACACUCGAAUCUGUGUAUCCCGGAAAAGGAUGGUGAAGAUGAUGAGCAAAGAGGUCUCUGCUGGUAAUCCCGUCGUCGGGAGGCCGAUAUCGGUAGACACUUUUUGUGAUGUGAUUACGAACCGAAACCGUUCCCAGUUGCAGUUAACUGUCACAGAGGGAGGCCUUGUGCUGGAAGGUCCUGGGCCUUUGUCUCGCGACUUUCUGCUUGGUGUCGCUAGUGUAUCUCUGGCUGAUUUGAUACGUUCGGUCAAGAUGACGCGAAAGUCGAAGCUUUUUCUAGCCUACAUCCUGGCAAACGCCCUCUGGCAGUUCUACGAUUCAGGCUGGAUGCAAAAGGAAUGGACGAAGGAGACGGUGCAUUUUAUGUUCGAGCAGGACUCAACGACCUCUAAGGGCAUCUUCAUCAACAGACCCUUCUUGUCAGCCAGAUUUGGUGGAGAUAAGACUGGUCAGGAGAAAGACCCCGGAUUCCGUUCUCACCAAUUCCCUAACAUACUUGCACUCGGGAUAUUGAUCCUCGAGAUUGAAUUGGGCAUUGACAUAAAAGACCACCGGAAGCCGGAGGAUUUCGAUCGCAAUGGAAAUCCAACUGUCAAUGCUGAUCAUAUUGCUGCAGAUGAAGUGUUUACCAGAACAGAGUGGGAUGAGUUGGAGACCUUCGUAGGAUUGACAACUGUUAUCAAGACUUGCCUUUAUCCCGAUCAUUUUCAACCUUUCAUACACGACCGACAAGAGCUCCGUGACGCGAUUCAGAGGCAUAUUGUCAGCCCUCUCCGGCUCUGCUACGAAAACGCCUGGAAAGAUCCUGCGACGGCCAGCUUUCGUCCAGUCAUGACAGAAGCCAGGCCCGUGGACGAACCGCUGCCAGUCUCACCAAUCCCGACAUUUCCAGCGUCACCAAUACCAUAUCACUCGCCCGUCCCGUAUCGCCCACUCAGUCACAUUCAUCCAUUUUCUCUUUCUUCUCCAUAUGCAAUGUCACCGUCUCCGGGACUGAUUCCCGACUCUGUCAUGUCAGCAAGCGCUCGGCUUUUCUCCUCAGAUGACUGGUUUCAGAAGCUGGACGAGCUUAAUUACGUUCUCCGUGCGAAACCCAAAGAAAAGGGUAACAUUUACCAGCCUAUAAAGGUGGCUAUCAUUGACACUGGGGUGGAUGAGAACCUUACUCAAUCCAUCAAGGGUUAUAAGGACUUUGUCACCGGACAGGAAGAGCAUCUCCAGGACAGCACAGGGCAUGGCACUAGUGCAAUUUAUCUGGUCCAGAAGGUCUACCACAUGGCAGAGAUAUAUGUUGCAAGAGUCUUCCAGACGUCUCAGGCAACCGCAAACACAUUGGCUUUAAUGGCUCAGGCAAUCCGGCAUGCAAAAAACGAAUGGAAAGCCAACAUCCUAAUCAUCCCCUCUGGAUUCCAAUCCGAUGACAGUGACCUAGAAAAGGCGAUCGAUGAGGCACGAAGUGACCAUAUCCUCAUAUUCGCCGCCGCAUCCAACUACAGCAACUUCGCAGAUAUUGCCUUUCCCGGUCGGCUCUACUUGAAUCUGAAACUACUGUGUAUGUUUUCCACCGACGCGAGUAUCCGGGCCUCGCCCUCCUUCAACCCCUCCGCACUGGACAGGGCGCGGUAUAAUUUUGCUAUCCUCGGCGAAAAUAUCACUCACCCCCUCGUCAGCAAGCCACUUUCCGGCACGUCAUUCUCGACAGUCAUCGGCGCGGGUGUUGCUGCACGCCUGUUGGACUUUUCUAGGCAACUGGGCAUCCAAGACCGCAUUCGCCGGAUUGACAGACUCAGCACCGUGGAGGGCAUGUCGGAGGUUUUCAACAAGAUGUCCAAGGAAGCGGUGGAUAAUGGGUAUCAUUGCAUCGCUCCGUGGAAGAUUCUGCCCCCAGAAUUGGAUGUCGAUGAUCAGGAUCCUGCGGCAAAACGAUUGAGACAGCGGACUGAUAUAUGUGAGACGAUCUCGAGGGCUUUGGAGACGAUUUAUGGGCGAUGAUCUUUCUUCUCUUCUUCUGCUUGUGACCGGUGUUGGGUUCUUGCUUUUCUUUUCUUUUUUUUUUUUUUCUUUUUACGUGAAGUCGCGCGCGUGUACAGAUUUGCCAGUCUUUGGACCCUUUCUCGAUUAAAUCCUCGGCGGAGACCCUGCAUAUAGGACUAGUAUAUAUCUUCAUCUAUAUGUCACACUUAUAAUGCCCAAACC